AUGGGUGAGGCAAUCCCCAAUUCACAUUCCACUGGUAGCCGAGAGGACGAAGAUUUCUGGUGGCAAGAAAUCUCUCAUCCAUUCUUGUCACUCAUGCAGAGUACUGGGUACUCAGACGACAAACAGGAGCGUUAUGUUCAACUCGUCAAACAGUUCAUUAUUCCCUCGCUGGGUCCUCGUCCAAGCACGACCAAGUCGGGCACUCGGCUGCCUCACUUUGACAGCUUCUGUUCAGACGACUUUUCGCCCUUGGAGCUGAGUUGGAACGUUGAGCCCGAGACAUCCAAGAUCCGUAUAGGCUUUGAGCCGAUUGGGCCGCAUGCUGGAACAGCAAAGGACCCUUUCAACCAAGACGAACCAAAGAUUGUCAUGUCCCGUUUGCUAGAGCAAAGCGGAGGCGCCAUCGAUCACCAGCUGUGGGAUUUCUUCGUGAAGCACCUCCACGUCGAUGCCAAGCAUGCUCAUGACAUCGUGUCCAAGAUGGCUCCCAACGAGCACAUGACAACGAACACCAUUUCCUUCGAUUUAGUCGGACAGCACCCCGUGCCCAAAGUCUACUUCUACACCAUCCCCAUAUCCUUGCUCAAGGACACUCCUGCUGGCGAGAUCAUUACCGAUCUCAUCCGGCAGCUACCGUCCAACCUCGCGCCAUCGUUUCAAAGCAUACGGGACUUUGUCUUUGAUUACAAGCGUCAGCGCAACAAUGAGCAAAUUUUGCGACUCGAGCUGAUCUCCUUUGACGCCAUUGCGCCCACCGACUCCCGUCUCAAGGUGUACAUGCGCACCAAGGAAACGUGUCUGGCCCGCGUGGAGGAGGUGUAUACCCUCGGGGGCACACUCAGUGGCCCCGAGAUCGAUAAGGGUGUCAAUCUCAUUCGGUCGUUCUACCAGCACGUUUUGGGCAUCUCGAACGCCGAAGACGACCUUCCAAGCAGUAAACAUCGAACGGCAGGCAUCAUAUUCAACAUGGAGUUGAUGCAUGACCGCGCCAUGCCUGUGCCUAAGGUGUACAUACCAGUGAGGCAUUAUGGAGGUACCGAUCUACGAAUUGCACAGUCGCUCAGCAAUUUCUUUCGUGCCUGUGGCUUGGAGGAUCUGGCAAAUACCUAUGUCGAUGCGGUGCAGCGUGCCUUUCCGACUCAAGAUUUCUCAAACACAAUUGGGCGACAUUCUUAUGUCGGCUUGUCAUACAACGAGAAGGGUCCGUACAUCACAAUGUAUUAUAACACAAUGACUUUUUCAAAGGGCGACGAGAAAGAUGAAGAAGGCAAACUCGUCGGACCUGCGGCAUGGAAGCAGCGUCACUUGCUAGACUAG